AUGCCCAUCUACGUGCGGGAUCUAGAUGGGAAGACCAUCACUCUUGAUGUAGAGGGAUCAGACACCAUCGCCAAUGUCAAGAUGAUGAUCUAUCGGGUGGACGGCACUCGCCCGAUACAGCAACGCCUCAUCUUUUGCGGCAAGAAGCUGGAGGACGACCGCACCCUGGAAGACUAUAACAUUCAGAGGGAAUCUACCCUCCAUUUGAUGCUCUAUCUCAGGUAUGGGAUGCAUCUGUAUGUGAAGAGCCCCACCGGCAGGACAAUCUGCCUCAGGGUCCAGCCAUCAGAUACCUUGUAUACUGUCAAGGCAAAGAUUCAGGAACAACACCGCCGUUUCUUUGAUGGAGUGCAACUAGAGGACAACCUUACAUUGGCUGAUUAUGGCAUCCAGCACCAGACUACGAUUGACCUCCAAGAAAACAUGCAAAUCUAUAUAAUGGAGACGGGAGCAGGCAAGAUGAUCACCCUCGAGGUUGACAGCUUGGAUACUAUUGACGAGGUGAAGACCAAGAUUCAAGAUAAGGAGGGCUUUCCCAAGGGUCAGCAGUGCCUCAUCUUUGCCAACAAGCAGCUGGAGGACGAUGACACCUUGGCAGACCUCAACAUUAUUAAGGAGUCCACUCUUCUCCUUGUCCUCCACCCUGUCAACCCAGGAGGUAAGAUGCCCAUCUACGUGCAGUGUUUAGAUGGAAAGACCAUCACUCUUGAUGUAGAGGGAUCAGACACCAUCGCCAAUGUCAAGAUGAUGAUCUAUCGGGUGGACGGCACUCGCCCCAUACAGCAACGCCUCAUCUUUUGUGCCAAGCAGCUGGAGGACGGUCGCACCCUGGCAGACUAUAACAUUCAGAGGGAAUCUACCCUCCAUUUGAUGCUCUGUCUUUGUGGUUGUUGA